UACAAACAGAGUUUCGCCCUUCCUCCGAUCGUCGCCUUUACGCCCGAGAAGUGCCGGGGUAUACCGCUUGGAACGUAACCUAUUUGAAACGUUUUGUUUGAAACACGAUUGACGAUCACGAGUGCCAGGAGUUCAAUUUCCCUCCGAGAAGAAGUUUGAUCGGCGAAAAUGAAAAUUCUCUCUGACUCAGAUGUCGAAGAUUUCGAAUUGAUGGAGGAGAAUGGAAAUAAAAGGAUGAGGGGCAGAACUCGUGGCCGAGCCCGUGGACGUGCUCGGGGCCGGGCCAGAGGAAGAACCAAGAAGCAAGUAAAGGUUAUUGAAAGCGAUGAAGAAGAUACUCCACAGCAAACUGAGGAUAAUAUUGCGGAAACAGUUAGUGGCGAACAGGAUGAGCAUGAACCUCCCGUAGCUCAGCAACCUUCUCUCGAACAACAGUUUGACUUGGAAGCUGAUAUAUCUCAACUGGAAGCACCAACUUUCACGACCAUUAACCGGGGUCCACCUGAGCCAAUGCUGCGUUUAAGAUGGGACCAUCGAGUGAAUCUUAUAGGAGAGAAAGUACUAAAUCCUAUGAUACAUUGCUGUGACAAAUGUUUGAAGCCUAUUCUCAUUUAUGGUCGUAUGAUACCGUGCAAACAUGUAUUUUGUCUAUCUUGCGCUAAGAGAGAAGACAAAGUCUGUCCUCGUUGCAUGGAAAAGGUAUCCAGAGUAGAGCAAACUGGCCUUGGUACUGUAUUCAUGUGUACUCAUGGCGGAACGAGAUACGGAAAUGCUGGAUGCAGAAGAACAUAUCUUAGCCAACGUGAUCUGCAGGCUCAUAUUAAUCAUCGGCAUAUAUCGGCGCCGCCUCAACCAGUCCAGGGGAUGCAAGUCGAUCCUCCGCAAUAUGUGCAUGCCAAAUCAGAGAUGGAGUCACAGUUAACAAAAGUGUCCUCCGUGCCGAUGCAAAACACACGACUCAAGUCCGUGCAAUCUCACAUGGUUCAGCCAAUCAUGGGUAACGAUCCUCGCGUAAAUUCAUUGGUGAAUCAACAACCAACGUUGGAACAACAUCGACAUCAGCACAGACAACAACAGCAGCAGCAACAGCAGCAACAGGCGAUGAUGUCGAUGCAGAGUUACGCGCAGAGCGCUGCACCACCACCGCCUCCUCCGAAUAACGCCCCAAUGCGGACCAAUCUUAUUACUGUACCGAUCCAGGAUACAGCAUCCCUAACCACGCAUGAUCUUCACGCGCAACAAAGUCAUCAUUAUUAUUCGGCGCCUCCACCACCACCUCCACCGCCACCACCGGCAGUUAAUUAUGGUGGUUAUAAUGUACCACCGCCGGUGUCACAAUCAACGCAACAAUAUUAUCCACAACCACAACAUCCCACUCAGGUGUCUUAUGUGCCACCACCACCGCCACCACAACAGCAACAAUACGUGUCAUCGGCACCGACUUCCAUACGACCAUCGCCUACUGGUUAUAUGCAGGAACCUCAAUACGGGCCGCCACCAUCUCAGCAACAACCGCCACCGCCACCGCAGCCGCAAUGGUCACAGCACCAACAGCAGUUUUAUAGAUAAAGAAGAUACAGUGUUGAAUAGCUUAGUGGUAAAACAGUUGGGCGAAAGUCACGGGUUCGAUUCCCGAUUUUGUUAUUUGACAUAUAUACGUUUUUAAGUUAUAUAUAUUUUGAAGAACUAUCCUACUAAGAAAUAAGACAUAAAUUCGAAAAAUAAGAUUACUUAGUAUGAAUCGGUUAAUUCUGUGCUCUUUUAAAAAAAAUUUGAUAAUAAAGAAAGAAGAAAAAAAUGUUA